AUGCUCAACAUGUCUGGAAACCACGUUAUCGGAAAUCGGAACAGCACCCCUGAGGCAAACUCUGCGUCUUCUUUGCGGCCUCCUUCAUCCAGGGCUGUAGGCUCUGCUAGCUCUCUUCGUGCCUCUGCAGAUAUGAGUUCGAUCUCUGGGCCCGCUCCGUCCAGUCGCAUCAGACCGUCGUCGGACUUUUAUGGCCAGUCGCAGCAGUCUCAUGGCCAAGGAUCAUUCGAUACAGACUCGCAGGAUAAGAUUGCUCAGCAGUGGAUUGCCGACAUUGAUCAAUAUGAGACGACGCUCGAGGAAAUGGCCGCCGCAACGCUAGAUCAAGACUUCAAGGAUGAACUCAGUGCUAUCGAGCAGUGGUUUCGUGUCUUGAGCGAGGCUGAACGUACUGCUGCUCUCUAUGCUCUGCUCCAGCAAACCACGCAGGUGCAAAUUCGUUUCUUCAUUCAAGUUCUGCAGCAGAUGGGCAAGAACCACCCCAUGUCCGGCGUUCUCUCACCCGCUACCUUCGACAAAGAUCCCAUGUCUAACCGUUUAAGUGAUGCGAUGAAUAAGCUGACUGUUGACUCGUCCCGAAACUCAUUUACUCGCGCCUCUACUAGCACUGCCGCUCCGGGGAAACGCCACUCCGUCUUAGAUUCCUCGACAAUCAAUGCCAUGUUUCCAGACGCCGCGGCUGCUAUUGCUACUGAAAAGGCCAAGUUUACUCAGAAAACCGGAAAUCCACCCUCUUCCAACAGAAAUAGUACCGCUGUUGAUCCCCGAUCGUCGAUGGCAGCUCACCAAGACCCCCGAGAAGCCGUUGGAUCAGGCGUUUCGCCAUGGGGCUCAGAUCCAAACAACUCCAAAGCCACUGCUUCUCAACCAGCCAUGGGCCAAUUUGCGCAGCCUGUAUCUUCCGGGGGUCUGAGGUCACCGCUGCCUCAACUGGGAAACAAUGCCGCCAUUCAAAACACUACUCUCGCUGCUCCUGAUAAGAACCCAUCUGACCUUCCAAUGCUCUCUCCAUAUAACGGUGGGGGCAGCGGCAAUUGGGCAUCUAUGGUGAACACGCCGAUGACAUCCACCUUCAGCACCAACCAGCAACCGGGAUCGCAAGCUGAUAUGGUAGCGAAUGCGACUGCUAUGAAGCUGGCUGCUCUCUCCACCGUAAACAAUCGCUUUGCACUCGAUGAUGCUCGCAAAUACCGAAGAGCUCGUUCAAACGAUGCGCCCGGCAGCAAUCAAAUAUCAUCGCCACCUGCCCACGCUCACGGUCUCAAUAUUCCGGGUGCUAAUGUCGUCAUGAUCAAUGAGCAUGGCCAAGUGCUGAGCCGAGAGCAGAUUCUCGCAUUGCAAGCUCAACAGGGACUCGGACUCGGCAAUCGUCCGCGACCCAACUCCCCUGGGCUUGUCCUGCAGCAGCCCAUGGGGCAGAUGGCACAGUUCGCUUCGCCUCAGCACAACGGCUUUCUAAGCGCCUAUGACGGCUCCGGCGUCAUGAACAGCGGCAUUCCCGCUGUCAACUUGGGACAGCUAGCCUUGUCUGGACACGAAGGCUAUUUGUCGGACCACUCUGAUAUGGUGCGCGGUCGGUCACCCAGAGGCCGGAGGGGUAGCUCAAAGCCACCAGAGGAUCCCACAGACCCAACUCUGCUUCAAGAUAUUCCAAGCUGGCUCCGCAGUCUUCGCCUACACAAGUACACGGACAAUUUGAAGGACAUGAAAUGGACGGAUCUCGUUGAAUUGGAUGACAAGGCUCUGGAAGACCGCGGAGUGAAUGCCCUCGGUGCAAGGAGGAAGAUGCUCAAGGUGUUUGAGCAAACGCCAAAGCUGAAGGACGCAUCGGUUAGUGCCUACUCUGCAGGUACAGGCUGGGCACAACGAUGGUGUUUGAGAGGCGAUGACCAGUUUGUUCCGUCCACUAGCAUCAUGACUGGAAAGCUAGAGACUGUAGACGAUAUGGCCUGGACAGUCAUGAGCUUUAUCACGACUCUAGAUCUGCGUUUGGAUUUUUGA